CCUAGGAAUGCUACCUAACAGUAUACAUAUUCUGUUCACAUAUUGGACGUAUGUGUGCCAAAAACAUCAUCUUCCUCGUUUUGUUUUCUUAUCCACUUGGCGAUGUGCUUUUAUUUUGAAAGUGUAUCGCUCGACAUCCGGCGUUGACCCCCUUCCAUUCAAUCCAUGCUUCGUGGCUCGGGAUCUAUUGAGCAGCCUAAAACGCGAAGCAGAAAACGGGGAUUCGGUCUGCCUUCCUCCGCUGUCAGUCAGACACAUUAAAACAACCAUAGUCAUUUUUAACUGACUAAUCAAUCAGUCAUUAUCAGGGACAUUGAAUUUACCUGUGCACGUGAUGCGGCUGUUGGUUAAAUGUGACGUUUGAGGACAAGACAGACAAUCGGGCGCCGGGCAUGUCGCUGCAGCUUUGCGUCAAAACCGGCUAAAGCUAAACAGUGGUGCGACAAGUCAGCAAGAAAUACGCGUUAACAGCCACGUUUCCAGACAGACAGCACACGGGUUAUUUUUGGUACGGUUGCUGUCGUGCACAUGCUGCGUUUUAGUGGUGUGAGCUAACCUAACAUCUGUGCAAAAGCUGUCACAAGAAAUAGCUCCUUUUUAAACCCGGUAUUUAGAGGUUGGUUUCUCCAUUUACCAGUUUUCUGAAGCGACUUCAACUACACAUGUUGGAAUACAGAUAAAGAAAGAGGAGAUUUAUUGUAUUGCGCAACAUUGUGUUGGAUCAUAGCGUUAAACACAUGAGGCCCAGUUGAAAAAGAUGGACCUGAAUUUUUAUUCGGAUUUAACGGACGGUACCGGGCAGCACGACGGUGAUCCAGAGUUUCUGGAUCCUCAGUCUUUCAAUGGCUUUGACUCUGACAACAAGUUCCCUGGAGGCAGUGAUAACUACCUGACCAUUUCAGGGGCCGGACAUCCCUUCCUCUCCUCUUCAGAGUGUGCCACUAAACCCAUUGACCUCUUCAACCUCGCUGGAUCCGCUGGUGGAACCUUCCACACCCCCAGCCUCGGCGAUGAGGAGUUCGAGAUUCCUCCCAUCUCUUUGGACCCCGACUCCGCCCUCACCGUGUCCGAUGUGGUGUCCCACUUCGGGGAGCUGUCGGACUCCGGCCCCCCCGAAAGCGUUGUGGUGCCCGGGAACGCCGUGGUGGAAGGGGACGACCCCUCGUUCGCCUCCACCUUCGUCAACGCCCCGUCUCAGGGCCUGGAGCACCUGAGUCUGGGCGUCAUCAACCAAUCAGGAGGGAGCGCUCUGCUGGGGUCGUCACUGGGAAUGGACCUCGGGCAUCCAAUCGGGUCUCAGUUCAGCAGCUCGUCCCCGGUCACCAUCGACGUCCCAAUGGGGGACAUGAGCCAGGGCUUGCUGGGGUCUAACCAGCUGACCACCAUCGACCAAUCAGAGCUCAGCGCCCAACUGGGGCUCGGUUUAGGAGGCGGGAGCAUGCUGCAGCACCCCCAGUCUCCCGAUAACCAUCUGUCGGCCACGGCGUCGCCCACCAGCUCGCUCCAGGAUGACGACAUGGACGACUUCAGAAGGAUAGGGCAGAUAGACUGGAAAGGGGGAGACAGGGGUGAGGACAUGCAGCAAAGGGCCACGGGUUGGAAUCGAACCCCGGCCGCUGCGGUUAGGACUCAGCGUUGUUACAUGAGUUUCCCGCUCUACCAGAGCGUCCUGGUGGAGUCUCCGGUCUCUCUCGCGGUUUCCCCCGGAGUCAUCUCCCUCGACCCGUCAAUGUCCGAGUCCCCGAUCUCCGCCCCGACCUCAAGCAUCUCCCCGGCAGUCGGGAGGAAAGGAGGAGCUGGAGGGAAGAAGGAGAAGGAGAAGAAGAAGAAAGACCCCAACGUGCCUCAGAAACCCGUGUCGGCCUACGCCCUGUUCUUCAAGGACACUCAGGCGGCCAUUAAAGGACAAAACCCCAACGCUACCUUUGGAGAUGUUUCUAAGAUAGUCGCCUCCAUGUGGGACAGCCUGGGGGAGGAGCAGAAACAGGUUUACAAGAGGAAAAACGAAGCGGCAAAGAAGGAUUACCUGAAGGCGCUGGCAGAGUACAGAUCUGGACAGAUUUCUCAGGCCCCUAUUGAAGUCAUGGACACCUCCUCAUCGCCACCAUCGCCUCCACCUACAGCAUCUCCCGCUGCCAUAGCAACAGCAGCCUCCAGCCUCGCCGCCCGCAUCACCCGGUCCCAGCAUUACAACCCCGAGGAGAACACCAUCACCAACAUCUGCACCUCCAACAUCAUCCUGGACCUGCCUCAGGUCACCACGCGGUCCCGCACCGGUGCUACAAAACCCCCACCUCCACGAGCCCCUACCCCCCCGCCGCCGAACCCCCCCACCGUCACCAAGAUCAUCAUCAAGCAGUUGCAGCUGCCGUCGGGUGUGAUUCUGACGACCACCACCGCGCCUCGCCAGCCGCCGCCGCUGCAGCAGAUGCAGAGCGCACCUCCUCCGCCGCGGCUGCAGCAGAUGGUGCACGCUCAGGCGCCCCCGCCCCUGCAGGCGAAGCCGCGAGCCGCCGCCACAGCGCCGCCCCCGCUGCAGAUCAAGGUGGUGCCGUCGUCGAAGCAGCCGAUCAUCGUGACGUCGGCGGGGGAAUCGCCGUCCUCGGGUCUGGCGGGUGAGAUGGGACAGUCUGGGGAUGUGAUGACGGAAGGAGAGGAGGUGGCGGAGGCGGAGGAAGGGAUGGAGGUUGAAGUAAACGUAGCCACGGUCCCGAGUGUGACCCCCCCCACCAGCCGUAACAUCUGUGUCCGCGCCGGCUGCACAAAGCCCGCCGUGGAGAGCAAAGACUGGGACCACGAGUACUGUAGCAACGAGUGUGUCGCCACACACUGCAGAGAUGUGUUCAUGGCCUGGUGCGCCAUCCGAGGGCAGAACUCCACCACCGUCACAUAGGGAGAGGACAUCUCUGACCUAAGAGAAGUGUUACACGGAGAGAAAAGGACAAAGGAUAACACGUGAAAUGCAAAAGAGCAGAGCGAUGAAAUGAAAUGAAUGAUCAGGCUCAGGUAUCGGCACAUAACGGUCUGUUUUAUCAUGCCUCAUUGACGACGAGAACCAAAAGAGGUUCUGUCGCAGAGGAAAGUAUUCGUAAAAUCACUACAAUAUACUUUACUGUAAGCGACACUCUGGAGCAGAAAAGCAACUCUUGCAGUGGGACUGUCGGAUCACAAUGAAGAUAAAGCAGAAGAACACACCUCCAGUUCAUCAUCUAUUGUGAUCUCAAGUAUGGACUGGAUAUAUAAAAACGUUUUAUAUGAAAUAACUGUGUUAAUUAAUGGAAAGGAAAUCAUGAAUUUUUGAGUUUCAUUUUCUUCAGACUUCCACUUCCCAUGUGUACGCUCUUCCCUUUACUGUUAGAAUGAGGAUCGACUGAAGCGAAUGUAAUCUAAAUGUGUCAUUGAUCUCUUUGGUGAUCAGCUUUUGGCGCAGAGUUACUUUCCUGAUGUUUUGCACAAACCAGCAACCACUGGGCCAAGCACAAACAACCUAAAUGUCUUUAGGAGCCAUUCAAAGGGUGUUUGUGAUUUUGAGACAACGUGGACAUAAAUCGGCCACUGCUAGUUGGUCACAUGAUAAGCUACUUUUUGGGGGAAAUAAACUACCGCCAUGCAAUAGAUUUUAAUUGAAACUUUAAACAGGUGCUUAAAUCCAGUAGAAAAUAUAACUCUGUUUGGAAAAAACCUCCAAAAAGACGAGAGCUUUUUCAAAAAUGAGGUGCAAAUUUUGAUUGGUGAAAAUCAUUUGUGGUGACAUGCUACUGUAAGGGGGAAAGGGAAUACUACACGACGAAGCUUUACUUUCUAACAUGAAACCGUUUAAUUUAAGACAUUUUGAUUCAGGUCUGAAUAAUUAAGGAAGGAAGUGUUUGCUUCCAGGAAAAAAAACUGUUUCCAGUCGGAUGAAACGCAGACAUCUGUUCUGGUGUAUUGUAGAUAUCCUGUAAAUGUUUUUAAUCAUGAAAUAAAGUAUUUUAUGUUUUAAUAUA